AUGGCGUCUUCACAGGACGCUUGGUAUCUGUCGUUAUUAGGACUAGCAGAAAACUUUCGAACGUCUAGUCCACCAAAUAUUAAAUCGUGUAUACAGUGUUUGCAAGCGGUUUUCAAUUUUAAGCCACCUCCUAGAGUUGAAGCACGUACUCAUCUUCAGCUUGGCAACAUCCUUCUUACGCAUACCAAAAACAUCGAUUUGGCGCGAUCUCAUUUAGAACAAGCGUGGCGUUUAAGUCAAAAUAUAAAUACUUUUGAUGAUGUGAAAUUUGAAGCAGCAAGUGUAGUCGCAGAACUAUAUGAACAACAGCAACAACCAAACCUUAGUAAGCCGAUAUUAAGGAAAGCUAUAGAACUUUCACAGCACAAUGUGUAUUGGCAUUGUAGGCUUAUUUUCCAACUUGCACAAAUACAUGCAUCGGAAAAAGAUUUUGUUGCAGCUAGUAGUUUACUUGCUGUAGGUGUUGAUUACUCUCAUAUUAGCAAUGCGAGUUAUACCAGAGUUCUGUUCUUAUUGAGCAGAUGCAUGCUUUUAUUAAUAGACAAAAAAUUUACUGAAGUUCAUCCUCUUCUAAAUUCAGCAGGCCAUCAUGUUGAAAAUUGGCAAGGUAGCCCACACCAAAAAGAAUACUUAAAAGUAUAUUUUUUGGUACUUCAAGUUUGUCAUUACUUAAUGGCCGGCCAGGUAAAAAGUGUGAAGCCUUGUUUGAAACAAUUACAACAGAGUAUACAAACUAUAAUGUCUCCUAGUUGGCCAGCUGAUGAAGUAGUUACAGGUUCAAACAUUGGUGAUAUGUUUAUAUGGAUGCCAAAAGAUCAUUUAUAUGUUUUGGUGUAUUUAGUAACAGUUAUGCAUUCAAUGCAAGCUGGUUACAUGGAUAAAGCUCAAAAAUAUACAGAUAAAGCAUUAACUCAAAUUGAAAAACUUAAAAUUGUUGAUAACAAACCUAUAUUAUCCGUUUUUCAAUUGAUGUUGUUGGAGCAUAUAGUGAUGUGUCGGCUUGUAAUGGGAAAUAAAAGCGUAGCUCUUGCAGAAAUAUCUCAAGCGUGUCAACUUUGUAGAAGGCAACCAAGGUUACUUCAGGGUCACAGACCACAAUUACAUGCUUUAUUAGGAUUAUAUGCAAUGUCAAUGAAUUGUAUGGAGGCUGCUGAAGCUCAGUUUACAGCUGCUCUUAGGACAUCACAAGAAAGGGAACUCUGGACUUUCGCAAAUUUAAAUCUAGCAAUCGUAUAUCUUAGAACUAAAAGAGAUACUGAAUUAGGUGCUUUGCUAGAACGAAUAAAUCCUGAAUCUUUGCCAUCUCAUUCACAUUCUUUAAGAGCAGCAGCGUAUUAUGUUCAAGGACUUCAAGCAUUUUUUGGAGCUAGAUACAACGAAGCAAAGAGAUAUCUUCGAGAAACGUUAAAGAUGGCCAAUUCUGAAGAUCUAAACAGACUUACUUCAUGUAGUCUUGUACUUUUGGGUCACAUAUUCCUUUCUUUAGGAAAUAGUAGAGAAUCCAUGAAUAUGGUCACACCUGCAAUGCAAUUAGCUUCUAAAAUACCUGACGUUCAUGUACAAUUAUGGGCCACUGCUAUACUCAAAGAUCUUUAUAGAAUUUGUGGAGAUCCAAAUCGCGAAAGCGAAGCAUACCAAAUGCAUUGUACUUUUUCACAAACGUUGUUGAAAGACCACUUUCAAAGUACGCAAAUGGGCGAGCAUUCUCUUAUACAGUGGACUGAUGGACCAGUGCCAGCCUUACCAAGCAAUCCACCACCUUCCACGUCGCAAGCCAUUCUUUAAUAUUCAAAAUUUCUAUACUUGACGAGCGUAAUUUGAAAUGUGUAAUAUAUUUUGGCGAAGCACAAAAACGUGCUAGGUUUGUACAAUUUUAUUGUUGAAUCACAGAAAUGAACAAUAAUACAAAAAUAGAGGUAACGAUAGUAUGAUAGCAGAGGAAAGUUCGAGCUCUGCUAGAUCAACAAAAUUGACUAUCGUACUGCAAAAUAAUUAAAUAGAAUCACAAAUUGAGAAUAAUUACUUUGUUUAUGAUGGGUAUUGAUUAAUAUCCAGACUCGCUGUUUAUUAUUUAAAUUUUUUCCGGUAUCUAUGAAUCAUAAACUUUUAUUUACAGAGUUUUAUAAAAAUUCUAUAUUAUACAUAGAUUUGUACAAACAAUUUAUUGUAGUUGUUUUUUAUGUCACAGAGGAUAUGCAAAAGGUGAACAUAUGUAUAGAACUUUGAUAUAUUUUAUUAUUUUGUAUAUUGUAAAUUAUCGCGAACCUCUUCGUUUUCUUUUUCGUAAUUGUAUAUCUGCAAAUCAAGAGAAGCAAAAAAGUAGGAAAAGUGACAACACUGAAGCUGAGCGUGUCGGAACAGCACACGUUAAACAGAAAUUAGGUAUUUCUUUAACAUAAUUGUUACAUCACCGCACAAAAACCAUUCAAAGCCUUCAAAGCGUAAACUUAAUUUAUGCUGUAAAGAUAGCUUUUGUUGUAACAAAGAUUAUGAGUAUGUGUUAUUUGUGCUUAUAUCGAAGGGCAUAUUUAAACGUACGCCGAAUGUUAAUUACGUGUGGGUAGAAAGACACAAUGAUUCUGAUUGAAUUUUAUUUUUUUAUAUAUCAUUUGCUCUCUAAGAAAACAAAUUUGCCCAUAUUCAAUACAGCAAUCAUGAGAUAAAGAAAAAUGAAACGUAACAUUAAUAUUUUAUAAUCAUACGUUGACUUUAUUCGCACAUUUUAAAAGCUUUUGAGUUUUUAUAUUUUUUUAAGUUCAUGUAGCAUAUUGACAAGUAUGUCUGCAUGAUUGCUUCAUUUAAAUUUGUAAUGUAAU